CACAGCCUGUGGGGCAUGAAUCAGCCUGGCGCGCUCGGCACCGGCACGCUCCGCCCCGUCCGGGGUCGGCGGACGCUCACCCUACAUAAAGCAGGCACCCAGCGCGUCGGCACCCAGGCUGCCCGGAGGCCGGACUCCGCGCACCCUCUUCCCGCCGGCACAUCCCAGGAACGCCCCCCCGGAGGGCCGCGCAGACCCGACCGCAUGGACCCCGCGGGCCCCUUCGGGGUGUUGCUGCUGCCGCUGCUCCUGAUGGGGACCGCGCUGGGCGACGGUGGUGCGGGCGCGCCAGGCUCUGCCUCUGGUCCUGCAGGAGGAAACAGCGCGGAGACCUGCCUCCUGCCGCCCGACGUGGGGCCCUGCCGGGCCCUGAUCCCCAGUUACUACUACGACAGGUACACGCAGAGCUGCCUCCCCUUCACCUAUGGGGGCUGCCGGGGCAACGCCAACAACUUCGAAACGUGGGAGGCCUGCGAUGAGGCUUGCUGGAGGAUUGAGAAAGUUCCCAAAAUUUGCAGGUUGGAAGUCAAUGAGGAGCGGUGUGGAGAGAAGAAAGAGGAGUAUUUCUUCAAUCUAACAUCCAUGACAUGUGAAAAAUUCCUAUCUGGCGGUUGUCACAGCAAUGAGAACAGGUUCACGGAUGAGGCUACUUGUAUGAACUUCUGUGCACCAAAGAAAGGUCCAUCGUUUUGCUACAGUCCAAAAGAUGAGGGACUGUGCUCUGCUAAUGUGACUCGCUACUAUUUUAAUCCCAGACAUAGAACCUGUGAGGCCUUUGCCUAUACUGGCUGUGGAGGGAAUGACAAUAACUUUGUUAGCAUGAAGGACUGCAAAAAUGUUUGUGUAAAAGCUUUGAAGAAGGAAAGGAAUAAGAAGAUGACAAAGCUUUUCUUGGUGAAUAGAAGGCUGAAAAAUUGGAAGAAGCAAUCUUAACUUUUUCCCCUAUAUGUCAUCUUGUGAAUGCUAUCGCCUCUAUGAUUAGAUCUGAAGAAUAAUAUGGCAACAUGGGUAAAUAAAUCAUUAAUGAUUUAUUCACCAGUUUUUAUUGCUACAGGUUACUUUUUUGUGUAUUUUUAUACAUAACUAGCUGCUAUUCAAAUGUGAAUCUACUAUUUUUAAUUUACUGUUCACCUAUGUUUUAUGAAGUUGAAUUCUUGCUGUGCAUAAAGGUAUACAAGCAAAUAUGACUCACCCAGUUCUUGGGGUUGCUUUUCCUGACUUCAGAAGGUGAUAAUAACUGAAAAGCAUAAGACAAUAUAAUCAUGUUCUCUUAACACAUGAUCAUAAAAAGGACCAGCAAACACAUUUCAUUUUGCAUAUAAACGGUUGGAUUAUAUUUUAGGUCCAAGGACCUAAAACUUGCAGAUUUACCAACACUUUAGAAAAUAUUACAAGUGCUAUUAUGCAGACAUGACUAACUUCUGUUUGUACUGUGUCAUUUGGAAGAUAAUAAACUAUAUUUUUUGAAUAAAAAGUUAGUAAAUUUAUUAAAACCAGAAAUGCUUUAUUCUGGGGAUAAGAUUCUUUUUCUUUAUCUACUUUUCCACCCAUGUAUCCCCACUCACAUGUAUGUAUUUGUUUAUAUAUAUAGAUCUUACAUUACUUUGUAAGAUAUAAUAGAUUGGAGGCCACUAAAAUUGUUAAAAUUUU